CUCCAAGCCUUUUCCACUCCAUCAACCCUAGUUCGUCAAUUCAACGAUUCAGAACAAAUUUCGAAAAUAGUGUUCCCGCUUUGAUACUAGACUAUUUAAUACUAUAGAACAUACGAACUUUACGGUCACCUCGAAGAUCGUAAAUAUCCAAUAGCGUGACCAUGGCGUACAACCCGCGAAUGUCGAUAAUACCGCCGACGCAAAACCAGUCGCGCACGCGCAAGAAGGAGGAGGAAGCCGAUGCCUUUAUGCGGCUGCCAGAUAGGGAGAUCGUCGGUUGCAUAACAGACAUCGGGAUCCCAUUUACUGUCGCCGACCUGCAGAAGCCGAACCCGUUACAAGUACAAAUGAUCUUCGAGUGGUUCGCUGAACUACUUUUGAAUGCGACCCGUGAUACUGUCGAGCCGGCGAUGCGCGCUGCGGCUGAGGAUGUAUGCGGCGAAUAUACCGAUAUUGUGCCUCCUGACACUCGCAACCUAUUGGGCUUCUACGUAUCGCUACGCAAGCUACUCCUCGAGUGUGGUAUUACCGACUUUAGUUUUAGCGAUCUUUACAAACCCACACAUCCGCGACUCGUCAAGAUAUUUAGUUACUUGAUAAACUUUGUCCGGUUCCGUGAAAGUCAGACUAAUGUCAUUGACGAGCAUUUCAAUAAGGCCGAACAGACUAAGGCGCGGAUCGAGACGCUAUAUGGCGAGAACCAGGACUUGGAAGCCAGACUAGAGGAGAUGCGACAUAACCGAAAGGCGAUGGAAGCCCAGGUACGCGAGAAGACGGAACGCAAUGAGGAACUAAAGAAGACGCUGUUGGAGCUACGACGGAACCAAGAGAAGGUCGCAGUUCGGUUAGAAGAGGCGAAAGCGAAGAAGGGAGAAUUGGCACAACGACUCGAGCAAAAAACAACUGAGAAGAUGCUACUUAAACAGGAGAGCGCCAAGCUACGACCAUACACACUGCAAAGUCCUCAAGCGUUACAGACAAGUCUAGCGGAGCUCAGCAAUACUCUCAACACAGAUAAAGCUCAUAUAGAUUCUCUGGAUCGACGAGCAAGAGCAUUACAGACGUCGACGGAUUCGUUCGGUGUUGUGGCGACGGACGUUGCAUCCUGUAUCAAACUUCUCGAUGAGAUCUCAACGGAACUGGCCAAGGAGGAAGAGGAAAAUGCUAGAAAUGCGAAGCAAAGAGAUGCGUUAUCAGAACGUGGCAACAACGUCAAGGAAGUAGAGAGAACAGAGGCGUUGCUACAGAGGCAGCUAAGCAAGUGGAACGAGCGCACAGAAAAACUACGCGAACAAAGUCGAGAGAAAGCCCAGGAAGCCAAGGAGAAGAUGGAAGAGCUCCGAGCAUUACACAAGAAGUUGACAGAGGAGCGAGCGACAAAAGGCACGGAGAUCGAGAGAAGGAGGGUCCGAAUUGAGCAAACUGAGAAGAAGAUGCUGGAUCUCAAGGAGAACAUCGAGAGAGAGGUUCACAGCGCAUAUGAUGAGUAUCUGAAGAUGGAGUCGCACAUCAAGCUGUACAUCACAGAGAUGGAACAGGCCGUCUCCAUCUGACCAUUGUCUCACUUUUUUAACGAUAACGAGACCAUGAAAGCAUGAUACCACGGUAGGCGUUGAGGUGUUGCAUACCGAUCAGGACCGGAAAAGGG